ACGAAACACAGCACCAGAAUGGUGUUGCUUUGGAGGUAGUAGGUAUGCCCGUAGGUUUGCCCCCAGCUGCACAUGUCCCUAGUAGGCAACAGCAGCAGCCGCCUCCACCACCUCCCGGAGGUCCGCACCACGGAUAUAAUACCCUGCACCAUCCUCGAUCAGCCGGACUUUUGGCAGAGUACCAGACUUCGUCCAGUGUACCUCAACCUCCACCACCGCGGGGCUCGGCUGUCCCACGCACAAUGUCGUCUGCAGACGCCGGUUCAAAUGAACAUGAGGCUGGGAUGACGAUGACUCGAACCGUGAGAUUACCGACUGCUCACUUAGCAGCAGCUGCAGCCGCUGCUCACCAUAAUAUGCAGCAAUCACAGCAUCAUCACUCCUCGAAUGGAGGUCGCCCCAACUCACUACCCCCACAGUCUUCUUCAGGAAUCGGUCUCAAGAGGGGUCUGUCCACCUCUAACGAAGACGACGAACAUCACCACCACCACGUAAACGGUGACGGAGUACCCACGACCAAGAGAAUGAUGAGCGUGGAGGAACACUCCACUUCAUCUAGACCACCACUAACGAGAGGGGAGUCCCUGCCUGCUGCUGUAAGUCACACGACUCCGUUCAUCGAAAGUCGUUUCAAGGACAAACAUCCUAUUAGGGCGCCGUCCUUUGAUACAGCCACUUACAAGCCCAAUGGUUACCCCGCAGUACCUCUGGGCGUGAGUAAUGGGGGAGCAGGUUCCCCUCUGGGCCCCCGAACCGGGUCUCCCCCGGAGUCACAGCAGUCGAACUCGCAGGCCCCUUCUCAACAACAGCAGCAACAACAACAACAGCAACAACAACAACAACAACAACAACAGCAGGGUAGCAAUGGGCAGUCGCCCAUGGCGGCCCUCAUGUCCGUAGCUGAUAACCUGCCCCCUGGUUCACCUCGAAGUGCUGGGGGGAGUCCCCCGGGGUCUGGGGGCCCAAGGUCAGCCUCAAGAGGUUCUCAGCAUUCACCCAAUUCCUCAGGAUCCACUAGUGGUCGCCGAUCAUCAGGUAGUCGUCAUGUCAGUUCAACGACAGUGACCUCUAGUGAAACUACCAACAGUAACGGCGUUUCCGGAGAGGGCGCCGGCACACCGACAGGUAAUGCCGGAGAGGGUGGCACAAAUCCUGGUGGAGGUGGCAGCAGCGGAGCCCCAGGUUCUGUACCCAGCACGACUACGCUCAAGUGUACGCUGUGCCAAGAACGGCUCGAGGAUACACAUUUUGUCCAAUGUCCCUCCGUCCCCCAUCACAAGUUCUGCUUCCCCUGCUCUCGGGAUAGCAUCAAGAGGCAGGGGGCUGGGUCAGAGGUUUAUUGUCCAAGUGGAGAGAAGUGCCCUCUGGCAAACUCGAAUGUUCCCUGGGCAUUUAUGCAAGGUGAAAUUGCAACCAUUCUGGGCGAAGAAUUUAAAGUUAAGAAGGAGCGGGAGACUUAAGCGAAGAAGAGGAAAGCCCAUAAACUUGGGUCACUUGUCUCCGCGUUUGUUUCCGACUUCUCUUCUCUUUAUGUAAGCGAGAGAGAGGAGUUGUGUACUACAGUGGGAGGUCAGCAAGAUGAUUUCUCUGAAUGUGGUAAGGUUUAAGGGCAUGUGGUACAGUUUCCCCAUCCCUAAGCUGAAGCCGAUGGAGAGGUACAAGUAGUAAAGGCAGCGGGUUUUGGUUUCAAGAGUUCCUACACCCAGGAAAUACCGGGGUCGGGUACUUACGGGCCGGUUAAUAUUUGAAUGUUCCUGGUUUAGGAUACUAUGAUAAGAUAGGAUUUGACGAUAGGUUUACUGUAAAGGUCCCCCGAAGAUAUUAUUUUAUGAUCAAAGUAUGUGCCACUUUGGGCCGUACGUGGUUAAUACUGGUCGUCAUCUGUUCUAAUUGUAAUUGAUACGCAGGGUCACUAAAAUGAGACGUGAAGGGCACGUGACUGUAGCGCUCUUGUCGCGGAUAUGUUCGUCGGCGUGUAUUAUUAAUAUUAUUAUAAUAAUUAUUAAUUUCUUUCACAAAUGGAAGUCAUUAUGUUGACGUGGUAAGGCUAAAUGGUUUAUUUGGUAUGUUUUAGGCAAAUACCAAGCCGUUUUCAUGGCAAGAUGUUUCGCAAUUUCUUUGAGCAAAAGCAGAAGUAGAAGCUGUGACUAACUUUAUUUCAAGUCUUUCAGAAAGACUGUCUUACAUGUAUAUAAUGAAACAUAAGCAUUUUCUGUACAUAAGAUUUGAAGAAUCUGAUACAAUUACGACCGUCUCGCAAUUAUUACGAUUGCAGCGCGUUUUCUUUACGACCUCUUCCUAUUUUCUGUCUUUUACGUACACGCUAAGAAAAAAAACAUUUGUAUUCAUCUGGCCGAGGUACAAAGACUAGCAAUUAAAUUGUGCAAGUAACUACAAGAAGUGUUAGGUAUUGCUUGAAAGAAGUCGAGUUUGUGGAGUUUAAACGCAGGUGAAAUGUGUUAUAUAGGUUAAUGUAGCAGCUCCGUUUUUCAUUCGGAGCCAAUUUUUUAUGAAGAGUUUUGUAAUAUACUCACAUUAACAAUGAUGAAACUCUCUUUUAAGUGUACAAAUUAUGAUAAGUGUCACAUGCAAGUAAUAUGGAAGUUCUGUCGUUGAUUUUGGGGGGGUGGGGGCACAUAAUAGCACUGUAGUUAUCAUCUUAGUAUAAAUUUGUAACAUGAGCUUGCUACACAUAGGCAACAAAUUUUAUUUGGUGACAAAGUUUCAUUCGAUGUGAACAGCGCGUCGAUAAAUGUAUUCAAAAUUUGUAAACGAAGCCACGUGAACGGUGUCGAGAAGUUGUCGGGUGUACAAGCGCACUGCACUCGUCACGGUCUCUGUUUGGAAUUCUGUGAUCGCAACCAAGUUCACGAUUAAUCGACAGCCGACACGGACUUUAUUCACUCCUCUUUAAGUACGCUGUUGUCUAUAUGUAACUGAUGAUGAGAGUUGAGUGGGAGUGAAGAAGUUUGGAGAUUUCUGCACGUUGCCGAGCAGGUAACACAGUUUCUACUAUAACGAGCGUUCGCCAGCCAAAUGUACGAGCGAACCUGCAAUAUUAGCUGAGCACUUUCAGGCCUGUCUUUGUUUUCUUGUAAUUAAGCUAUACUUUUGCUGUAACAAAUGAUUGUGUACACUAAAAUACAAAGUGUGUUGUAAUAAUAAUAAUAAUAAUAAUAAUUAUAAAUAAUUGAUGAUAUAAAAAGUUCCUUGUGGGCAUUUCAAGUCUCUAUAAUUUUUUUUCUUCUAUACUUAGAUAUUGUAUUUCUUUUCUGCUUUGCAGUAAUUUGUUUGUCUUCCAUAUUAUCUUUAGUAUUUACUUUUGCAAAGUAUGUUAUCAUAAGAAAUAUUCCAGGGUUCUGCCAAAAUUUCCCACUUAUUCAUUUUAUAUCUAAGAAUGCGCAACCUCUUUCAGCUGGAAUGGUAUUUGAAUGUGGUCGUGACUAAAUUAAAUUUGUUUGCAUUGACAGUAUUGGAACUGCGAUGAUUUAUCAAUAUUUGGAAGUUCCCUCAAUAUUGGGAAGUUCCCUCAAUAUUGGAGAGUUCCCUCAAUAUUGGGAAGUUCCCUCAAUAUUGGGAAGUUCUGUCAAUAUUUGGAAGUUCCCUCAUAUUAUUAUGCCCUGAAUAUUAUUAUGUAAUAUGCAUUUUGGUUGUCUUAUUACGUAGCUAAAUUGACUCGGUAGUCCGAAGAUAUUAAUUUUGGAAUAUGAAGUUUGAACCUGCUUCUACAUACUUUUUGUGGUUUUAACACUUUUUAAAACAAAGUUUAAUAAAAGUACUAGUAAAAUUCAAUCUGCAGUGUAGAAACCCAACUAAGAUACUUUUAUCGGAUACUUAUUUGAUUUCAGGUUGCGCUUGGUCACUUUUUGAUCUUGCUACCCGUGUUUUAGUAUUGAAAAUGCUGUACAUUCUUCACCCUUUCACUGUUGUCCUUCUGCCGGUGAUAUCAAUUGUCCUUAUUCCUUUUACCUUGAACUAUGAAACCCCACCAACACUCCUUAUGAUAACCUAGUCAAUGCCUGGGCGACUCAGUAAUUAGUUGUCCCAAUGAAGGAACUCCAAAACUCGCUGGUGUGUUUUAAAUGAGAAAAAAAAAUCCCUUGUGUAGUAGUAUUAAAUUUAGUAGCUAGAAAUGUGUUUACUCUCUUGUUAUAUAUAGGUUUUUGCGCUACACAUCAAUCAAUUGUAACAAGAAGUGGUAAAAAAAAUAAACAUGUGUAAAGAUGGUCUUUUUCGUGAAGUCGGAGCAGUUUUAAUAAUUAAGAUUCUAGUAUUGCAAUUUUUUUUUUCAUCUGUACAAAGAAGAGUUUUUGUAGUAACAUCAUUUGUAAUGUAACAACGUGAUCAAAGGUAAAUGAAGUCGGUGAGGUUCUGUUAAAAGUCUAAAAUUACCAAAAUAAUCCCCCGGUAAAAUAUUUGUUUCAAACACCGUGCUUGCGGUCUUCAAUAGUGUUUGCCACUAGGCUAACAAAGCGUGACAUUCUUUAUUCACAUUUUGGAAUCUGAAUCUGUGUAAGGAACGGCGUGUUUGAAGUCGUAACUGGGCGUCAAACAUUUUUCACACUCUUGAAAAGGUAAAUUUUUGUGUUUACUGAAACGAGUUUUCUUUUACAAAUUUUAUUUUAUUGUAUCGACGCAGCACUAAAUACGAAGUGUUUGACAUCUUCAGUGCUAGCGUGACGUGGAACAUCAGAAUUAAGAAGAAAAAGUUAUAUUUUUCAAUGUAAAUGCAGUUAAGUAUCAUUCUAAUGUAGUCUUCUUUUAAUUUGCUUAAAAUGUAUUAUUUCCUUACUAGACGGUCCGUCUCAUUUCUGAACAUGAAAAUGUGGGCACGACGAGAUUUUAAGGCGCAGCCUAUCCAUAAGAUGUUCUGUGCCGUUAUAUGCGUAAAGAAUUCCUAAAUAAAUUCCUAAGAGUCUCAUCUCUUCCCAUCCUCUGUUAUUUUUCUAAGUCGCGUUGUGUUUUGAGAAUUGAUUCGAUUUGCGCUUAUUUCUUGGCAGUACAGAAAUCCGAUCGCUUAAUCUGAAAAUUUUACAAAUACAAAAUGUAAUCAUUUCUUUUAGCCCCCGUUUUUAAUUUGAUUUUUAUGGAUAUUAUUCUGUGUCUUGUACUGUGACCUCUUGUUUUGAAUUUGGGGGAAUGUUUUGGUUACAGUAAAAUUGGGUAAUAACCGUCGAUAUUUAUGGUGUCAUUUUGACGGUUAUUAGCACCAUUGGUUUGCCUCUGUAUUUGGAAAUUCCGCUAAAGAAUUGAGCAUGGUUUCUCUUGGUACAUGUAGAUGAGUCUACAGGAUAUAAUGUGCGACUCGUUCGGUAAGUUCACGGCGAAGACUGGCUAUUUUACUGCGUAGAUUUAAAAAAUACGUGCUGGCACUUUAAACAGGAGCAAAUUAUGGUAACUGAAGUUUUUGUUGUCUUGUGGAAGAUGGAAAGGAUGUUUUGUUUUACCCAGGAGUUCUUGUCAGUAUUUUUAAUAGAAGAUGCAGACUAUUUACCUUCAAAUGUAGUAGUGAAUGAAUAUAUGUAUGUAUGUUUUAUGUUCUGAAGUAAGCUACCCCCGUUGUGUUUGUAAAUACAUGUAAAAAUAGUUUUAAAAAACAUAUAUAUUAAAACUUAUGUGUAGGAUUGUGUUGUAAAUGAUAAUCAUUACUUGGAUGUUAACACACGCCCUUUAUACAGAUUUUAUGUUAUUUGCUUAAUUAAUUUGUAGACGAAAUGGCAUCGCCACCGAAUUAUCAUCCAUUUAGUGUUAUAGGAAAAACCUUACUGCUUUGUAAUAUGACUUAACGGUUCAGAUACCUGCUACUCAUGAAAUAAAAAAAAUAUUUUUCGGUGUUAA